AUGGAAGUAAACUUUAAGAAGAAGACCAAGCGCUUAACGGCUGGUCGUAAACGCUCCCGCCGACCGAAUACUGAAGUUGAGAACAACCCUGAUGAAGAUGCAGAAGAAGGUAAUGAAAUUGAACGUAUCGAGCGCUCCAUUGAAGAGCUUCGCGAGGACCAGAGACUGCGCGACCAGAUACUGAAAGAAGAGCUAGUCACUCAAAAGCCAGAUACAGUCGCAAAACCACAGAAGAAGACAAAGACGAUGACUGAUACAAGUUAUUAUGGAUUUCAUGACCCCAAAAAAGACGGAUCCACCAAUCAAAAGCUACUCACGCUGUUAGAUGGACAAUUUACGGGUCAGAGUACCACGACCGAUAAAGACCAGCACGAGGAGCUUAUGAACAAAUAUAUUGAAGAGCGACUGCAGAAGAAGAGAACGUCCUCAAACAAUGAUAAUACAGGAAAGGUGGAUGAUGCUAUUGCAGCUCUCAAAACUGCAGAGGACAAGCUAUUUGAGUUGCCAGAGCAUUUAAAGGCAAACGUACCAAGUUGCAGCAAGAAUAAUGACGACGCAGUAGAAGGAGGCAUGCUGAUGGGUAAUGCAGGGAUCGCUGAGGUGGAACUUCCAGUUUCAUACGUGAAGAAGACAGAAGCACUGACGAUGAGGGCAUUAGAAAAGAAUGGCUCAAAUUUACCAAAAAAACUAAAUCCGAUCGGAGGGUUCGCAAGUUCAGUCGUACCAGGAAACUUUAGCACCGAUUUCAAUCGUCACAGGACAGACUAUGUCGCAGAAUUGAAAAGCUUGGCACAAGAUGAGCAACGCAUGAGGGGAUUUCAUCAAGCUGGCAAGAACAAGGCAACUGACGAUCAAGCUGUCUCUAGCUUCCGAAAAUAUGAAAGUCGCAAACUGCGGCGAUAA